ACUUCCGGGUAUUUUGGCACAUCACAUUCUGCUCUCUGCCUUCCAACCAUGAACAGUACUUAAGUACAUGGUCAUCAGUCAUCACAUGGCUUGCCUCGUAAGCUUAAGUUCCCAUGGUCAAGUCCUGCUCUUAGACCAUAGACCACAUUUCAAAGCACGAAAUGGCAGAUUUUUGUUAUGGAGCAACUUAUUCCCUUAAAUGGAAACGGUUCGUCCAGUCUAUGAAUUAAGUGAAUGCUUGUGUUGCUUUUCAAGUGCAGGUUCAAACUCUGAGUUUUCCUGUGGAUCUUGAGGGAGACUGAUGCUCUCAGUUGUGCAUUUCUAACACCAUAGCCCUGUUUUCUAGAUUAACAGAUGGUUCUCUUAUAGAAACAGGGAUGUGAUUGUUCCCUUUCUUUAAAACUCAAGGAAAUGCAAUUUACUUCUCUCUGCAGUUCCAAGCUGAAUUAUAAUGUUUAUUUCCUGAAUACAUUCUGUAAUAGAGAUGACACUUACUACACACUGUCCUGACACUUGUUUUCCUCCGUCAGUCAGCUUUUACUACAGAACUGACUAGAAUGUCUGGAUAUAGUUUUGUAAGGCAAAAAGCGCUUUGCAAACAGGAGUGAAAUAGCUUAUACUUCCAAACAAAUGGAAACGACUGCUCUCAUUCCAUGUUCUACCCUACUUUCUCUCCAUUCCACCAGUUGUGCUAAAGCAAUAUGUGCACAAAUAAUGAGUCGUGAUGACAUAAGCCCAACUUUGACUAUUUUUUAAAUUUCUGCAAUAUGAAAAUAGUUUUAUGGGGAUAUAAAUGGACCCUAAAUAUUGAGAAUCCAAGCACAACAGCUGCAUGCCAAGUUGAAAGUUAAACCGCUGGUAUAAACGUUGAAUAUCGCUAGGUAAAUCACUUGGCCUCUGUUUGAAUACACUCUGUGAUCCAUUUGUUGAUUUGAAUGUUUCACUGAUUGGAAAUUUGAAAGGAGCAAGUAGAAGGAGCAUUCUCAUUUAAAACUGAACAUACAGCGCAUUCCGUUGACUGAUCUUUUCCAGGGUAAAGGCUUAGCCCUAAAGCCAGUCCCAGCUGAGCAAAACUCUUGAGAAAUCUCAUUCGUACUCAGCAAUUCACAUUACUUUGGGAAGUAAUUCACAAGUUACUUCCUUUUGAAGCAGUAAGGACUAUCCUUUUUAAAUGCUGUGCUGGAAAGGGAUGAGAUCUGAAGGGAAAUGGAGCCAGUAAAAAAUUUUAGUUCACGUUUUCAAUUUCUGAAAACUUAAGACAGGUUCUGUAAAAAUUGAAUCACCAUGUAUUUAAAAAAACUUGAGAGAGAAAUUUGUAAGAUUUGCAAAACCAAACCAUUCUCUUCUGUUCAACUCGCUCAUAAUAAAAAGUAAAUCAGAAUUUAAAAUGCUUUUUUGUUUGAACAAAUACUGUGAGUUAGGUAGAUGACACUUGAUUUAAAACCUGUUUGCUUAAUAAUCCGUCUUGUUUACGUAAAAGAAAAGGAAUACUUUUUAGCACAGUGGUUUCUUGUAUUAUGAAAUUUGAAUGACUAAACUUCCUCAUGCACGUGGCAAAAGACUACUCCUCCCAGGACAGCAGCUGCCUCUCUUUGUUUCAACAUCUGAACCGUUGUAAAGAUACAAAAAUACCUCUGUGACUGAUCUGCUUUGAAAAAAGAAAAAGAAUACCUGUACCUACUAAAGCUUUGGAACAUUUUCCUUGCAUCCAGUGGGUAACAAUUUUAUUGAGGGAGUUACCAGAAGAAAGAAUGGGAAGUUGGGGCUCAAAAAGCAAUGAGCAAGCAGCACCAUCGCCACCACCCAUCAUGACCACUGCCAGCACCACUGCCAGCACCAGUCCCAGCACCACUGCCAGCACAAGUCCCAGCACAACUAAUAUAGCCAUGAUCACAGAAGAUAAACACAUAUUUGAUAACCCAAAGUUCAUCUACAUCCUGGUGGCCUGUAUUCUUGCUGUCCUGCUGACCAUGCUGGUGUUUACCGUCAUCUACUUGAUCAGGAAAAGAAAAGAUCACAAUAGACCCCUAAAGAUGUCUCAAGAGCAGCGUGUCACAGAUACUGUGCAUCAGGCCCCUGCUGUUAACCCUCAGGUUUCUACGUGUCCUGAAGAGAUCACCUACGCCAGUCUGAUUUUCAAAUAAUUGGAACUGCUCUGUAGUUUGUGCUAGUUACAGUCACAUGAAGACCUCUUGUGCUGCAGUUUAAAUGCAGAUGGAAGUUCCGUCACGAGCCCUCAGUUCUGUUUGGACUCACGUUGCCGAAUGUCCCGUGUAGAACAUCAACUGCCUACUGGUGCGGGCUUGAAGAAAAAACACUCGUCUUUUAUGUCUCCGUUUCCUCAUUCGUCAAACAACACUGCCUGUGAUGCCCUUCUCGCCUUUCAUUCUGCUGGGUGACCUUCAGACUGCUUCUGAAAUGUCUUUGCAUGUGUUGAUAAGUGACACAGUAAGGGCAGGAAAUAAUUCUCUUAUCUCUACAGAUCCAUCCUGUCAGAUGGUCUCCAUCCCUUUCUCACAUGUUAUUACAUGUAUUUACGAGAAGAGUCAAUUUAAUUGUACCUCGUUUUCGAAUUGUCUCUUGCUUUGGUGAACUGAAAUAAUGAUCAAUACAGGUUGAAUCUCUUUAGUCCAGCACCCUCAGCAUUUGGGUGGUGCAGAACCAGAGAAUUUGCCGAACCAUGGGAGGUCAAUAUUGUUUAGCAGCAUUACCAGCACUUCCACUGCUU